UCCGGUUUCUGCGAAAAGUCAUCGAAUUUUUCUCUCGAUUUCUUUUGCUGUCCAUAUUGUUGAAAAUGGCCUCCUCAGACAAACCAGUUGCCUUUGAAAUCACUCUUGAUGACAGCAAUGUAAACAACAAAGCUGAUCUGCCUGAAAAACUUCGCAAGCGUCUGAGUGAUUGCGGCGGUCGCCCAACGACUCCUGAUGUUCUGGAAGAGAAGCAGGCGAAGGCUGAUCGACUGCGGAGGGAAUACAACCAAGCUCGAAUUGAGAGAAUCCAACAGGCCGAUAAAGAGUGCAAAAGCUUGACUAGUAAAGUCGAUCCUAUCUUGAUUGAUGAGACUAAACCGAAAUCCAAAGCCGAGGCCGAGAAAGUGAUUAAAGAUAUCCAAAAAGAUCUGCAGAAAAUGUCAAUAGCGCCAUCUGCUAAGAAGUAGUGCGAUAUGUCUGCCCAGUAUCAUUUAAUGGAAUGAACAUUGCUAAGCCAGCUAGCUUUUGCUGCUUCAUAUUGGAUUCAAGGUCAAAGUCAGGGACGGUCUUGGGGUUCAAGGUCAUUUUGUUAGGCAGUGUUGUCAAGGGAUACAAGUCAGCUGAAAUAAUGUGGAGACUUUUGAAACUUUGGGUGUUUUGUCUCUGUUGUUGCAGUGUUGGCUUACUAGCGGUGGUCACAUAGACAGGGUAAAUAUCAGGGUUUAAAAACUGGUGCAUCAUAUAAUAAGUGUUCUCUGAUGUCAAUUUAAGAAGGACAUUUGCAUGGGUUUUGUUGAUUUAGUCAUUGUUCAAUACUAAGACUGUUGACCCUAAAGUCCUUUUGGGGGUUUAUUGAGAUUCUAUAAGUUGAUGAGCAGACCAUUAGUUCCUUGAUUGGUUUAUUAGAAAGCUCAUUAAUGUUUCCAAGAGAAUGACUUAGCAUUUUCAGAAUCGGAGGAUACCUGGCCAUGUUUAGGUAUUUGUUUCCAAUCUCUGGUCACCUGAUUUCCGAGGCCAUCAUAUCGUCCAUGUUAAUUGAGAGAUCUUCAUUCUUAAGUCAGAUAUGAACUAAUUAUCAUUGUGGAUCCUGUCAUGCAGUUAUAUAUGGUUGAUUGGAUUCCAUGUUAAUCUUUUAUUGUCCACGUUUGUUCAACAGGGCAGGUAUAUGAUAACAUGCCAUUUCUAUUGAUUAUAUGUUCUGUAUGUAUUCCAGGCAGGCAAGCCCUAAAGUUUCUAAUGAUCUCUAAUACAUAUACCUGUUCACUCAUUGAUUACAUGUGUGGACAAGAAGUAACUUCAUUUGUGUUCAACUGGUCAUUGUCCACUGAAGGCAGAAAGAUAUCAAAAACAAAACAAAUUCAAACAACUGCCAGUUCUUUUGUUAUGUGGACAAUCCAAGAUUUGUGAAUUGGACGUAGCAUCCUUUUUGGGAGAACCAAUAGAGUGUGUUGUAAUAAUGCCCUCAGUGGUUGUGUCUUUGUGGUUAAUUUGAAUACAAUCUAGCUACUUAUCUUUCGGGCCACCCUCUACAAGUGCACUGAGUUGACCCUCUACAAGUGCACUGAGUUGACCCUCUACAAGUGCACUGAGUUGACCCUCUACAAGUGCACUGAGUUGACCCUCUACUAGUGCACUGAGUUGACCCUCUACAAGUGCACUGAGUUGACCCUCAGCUGUCUGUGCUGCUUGUCAAUCAUCCGUUGACACAUUGCCUCCAAAUGACUCACUCAGAAAACAUAAUGCAUUUAUUGUUUAUGAUGAAAAUGGUGUUUGCACAUUUUUGUUAGGAUUGUAACAUGAUUAUAUGUGGAUGUUUGUGUGCAUGAUGAUAUUUUUGUAUCUGUGAUACAGAUAAGUGGUAUUUUUGUUUUGCUACUUUUCUCACAUGAGAUUUUGUAUUGUAUUUGUACACUGUGGAUGUAGAUUUAACCUGAGAUACUUUCACAAAGUAACAAGCAGAGCUUCUAAUCUGGACCAGUUAUCCUCCCAAACCUUACUCUGGCCAGCCACUUUGGCUGACAUAUGGAGCAGUAUACAUGUACAAUCUACUAAGUUCACAGAGAUGCAGUUACAGUUGGUUAUUCAAUAUUUCGUUGGCAAUUAUUGAUUAUUCUUUGCCAAGUGCCAGGGGUGUUUUCUGCUGUGCCAAAUCAAUCAUAAAGUGGACUCAAAGGAGUUGAAAAAAGUGAGUGAAGCUUGAAAUGCCUGUUGACAGUUGUGCUAUUCUCAAAAUAUAGUGUCAUGCUGUUUUUAGGUAUUGUGUGGCUGGUUUAGUGCACUGGACCUAAUUAUGACUCAUUGUGACCAUCUGGCGUGAUGAUAUCAGAUAGGAGAUGAUUCAAAUGUGAUACUGAAAACAGACCAUGAAAGCUAUCACCAGCCCAACAUUCCAAGUAUGUGAAAAACACUGAUUAUUCUUAUGCUUUGAAUGAUCCAUGAGGUCCUAGGGUUCUGUUUUCACAUGCAAAGUUUUAAAGUUAGAGUUCUUCAAAUUUUGGCUUUUACACAAUGUAAAAGACAUGAUGAGGAAAUGACUUGAUCAGUGUUGAUUGUCAAUGUUACUGACGUCAUCAUUCAGAUUUUGUCAGAGAAUCUAUUGUUCCAUACAUGUACUUAUUACGAAUGAGGCUUCCAAAAGUUUUGUCUUGCCAUAAACUUUUAGAUAUGUUUGUAAUAGAUUUAUUAGUCUUCUAAGCCUUCUGUCAGCCUAAACAGGGUUCAAUAGUAAACUACAUUGUCAGUUUUGUCAUAGCUCAACAUGAAGUCGUCACUUCUAUGCUAUGUAGCCUAUUUUGCAGCCUGCUACUGCUAGUGGUUGAGGGUACUGGUCUGUAGGCCUACAUGUCUCAUACUUGAUUUCAACAGCUCGGACUCAUUCAAAUAGAUGAUCUUGUUCAGAAAUGCCUCAAGAGAAAUGCCUCAAGGUUGCCCUCCGAGUUUUAAACAGGGACAAAUCACCAGCCAGUACGACUCCCAGGAGGCUGCCAUUCCUUGCCAGGUUAUGAAUGCUUGCAUUGAAUAGCAGUUGUGGGAUAAGUACUUGUAUUGUGUGGUGAAAUGUAACAGAAGUUAUUCUACUGACUACAUGUACACUUUGCCAUUUUCCACUGUGUUUUGACACUUUUUUGGACAUUUACAUUAGUUCCUGGCUUGUUCUAAAAUAAUAUUAUGUGAUUUUGUGUGACAUAUUGUGUGUGACAGUCUUCAUUGUGUGAGAAUACACAUGAUCAUAAGUGUGACACUUCACAGCUAUGUAAUUUGUAAACUAAUGCUUCCCUUGUGAAGACGACAAAUUUGCUUUAUAAACAUUGUAACUUCUGCAGAGAAAGCAGGUUGUGUCACCAGCAUGCUCCAGCUUUUAGCUCAACUUCGUUGACUAUGUCUUGAUUGGGCAAAGUGUCGCGCUCAACAAGAAGCACUCAGUCCUAGAAUGCUGUGAGUGUAACAACAGAUGUUGAGGUUUACAGCACGUUAACCAAGGCUCUGCCACGUGCCUGCACCUCUGAAAGGGAACAAUUAGGGUGUGAUAUACUGGUGUUCACUGUUAUAGAACCAACCACCUUCUUGUGCAAGGCAAAUAUGGGCAGUCAUAUUCGUGGGUUUACUUUCUGUCCGUAGCUGUUUUCUCGUGCAGAGUGACACGAUGUUGAAUUCUAGCUUAAGUCAAACAUUGCACAAGUAAUCACAACAUAUCGACAGGCAUGUUUAUUUGUGAAAAAGGGUUUUCCAUUGUUUUAUAGGGACACAUUAUAAGGGAUUUAGUCAUUCCAUCACGUUUCCAUUCCAGUCAACUUACAAUGACUUAGUGAUGAUUUUACCUAUCUAUGGUGUUAUGUUCCUUCCAGUUGUGUUGCUGAGGUUCUGGCUAAGAUUCCUGCUGCACCCUGAAGACCUUUACUUAAACUCUUAUUGAGUCUUAUUCAAUAGUUGGUCAACUGUCUGUUUAUAUAUACAGUGUGGGCCCUCGCUCCAUUACAUCAUACCAAUAUAAAAAGUGUUGUCUGUCAGGUUAAUUAGUGAUGACCAUGUUGCAGGAGUUAAUUACCAUGCAAUAAGUAUUGACUAUCCAUGGAAUGCAUGUCAUUAAGUAUUACAGUCCUGUAUUGAUCCCGGUACAGUUUGUAACCGAGACAAGCUACACAAUGUGUAUCAAACACUGUACCAUGUUGAUGGCAAUAACUGCUUUUGUGGCAGUGUUAUCGACAAUGAAAUAACUAUAAUACCUGGGUAAUGAGCUAGCUAGUGAGAGUGAGGUCUCUCCAGGUGGCCCGGGGCCUCUCCAGGUGGCCCGGGGUCUCCCCAGGUGGUCCGGGGCCUCCCCAGGUGGCCCGGGGCCUCCCCAGGUGGCCCGGGGUCUCCCCAGGUGGCCCGGGGCCUCCCCAGGUGGCCCGGGGCCUCCCCAGGUGGUUUGUAUGUGGGAGUCACACUUCCAGCUGUGUUGUUUCUCUGUUUCUCAUAUGAUCUUGGUGGCAGAGUUUUGCACACAUCCUGUCCAAAAAGGUUGAUUUCAUCACAAGAUCAACAUGAAAUCACCCUCUUUAACCACUUAUCGUAUACCUCAUUGUGUUCAUAUGCUCAUUGAAGAGGUUAAAAGGAAUUAUAAAUAUGGAAAAUGAUUGCCUCUGUAAUACCAGUUUUCAGAUCCUCUUCAUAUCUAAGUAGCAGUUGUGUUAUUUGGCUGUAUUUCGCAGGGUACAAUCUUAAACCAGAAAUGAAGAAUAGACAGCACCUGGGUGUAUUGGCAAAAGUCCCAAACAACUUUCUUUAAUCUUCUUCCUAUCGCUUUGACCCCAGUGUAAAUCGAGUCAUCCGUGCCUAAUUGGAGCAUUAUUCUGCCCUCCAGUGGCUUUAUUCCAUAACCAGACUGCCAUUUUGCAGGUUUUCUAUCACUCUGUAUAACUGAACAUGUAAUCUCUGCUAGAUGUUGUACUACUGGUAUAUUUUACACACCAAUGUUUUUACUUUUGUUACACUGGUAUUCCACUGCUUUUACACUUUGGUUUAUUUUGUUAGGAUUGUUUAAGGCUAAAUGCUGCUGAGGAAGAGAUGGUGUGUCAAUGUGAUCACUUGUGUUGCAACGAAUUAAAAUAUU